GAGGUAGUCUAGAAGUCACAGACGCAAAAUGGCUUUGAACUGUAUUAUGUUCUUUACUGUCUGGAUGCUCCCACUUUUACCCUGUUUCACAGCUGAAAGUAAAUGCAAAAACAAACGUAUCAGCAGCAUCAACGUAACCACUGAUCUGCAGUCUGAUGUUCUGCUGCCAUGUAACUUUGAAGUGAGCCUCCUCGGAUCAAGCCAGACUGCAGAUAUAGCAGCAGUGUGGAGUCACAGGACUAUACCAGCAGAUAAUCUAGUGGAGAUCAGUCUGCAGGCUGGAGUAAUGACCUGGAAUACCAGAGAUAAACGUAUUAAGGCGUUCCACAAACUCUCAGAAUCUGGAAACUUCUCCAUCCUCCUCCGUAAUGUACAGCAGUCUGAUCUGGGUCUCUACCGCUGUGAGCUUCAUGAGGGAAUCAACUGCAGCAUCGCCUAUCAGGAGAUAAAUCUGAUGAUUCCAGAAUCUACAAAAGCUCUUUCUGGAGGUUUUCUGAGCUUGCCCAUCACAGCCGGAGCAUUAGGAGGGGGCAUUAUUCUUCUUGGUCUACUAAUAAUCAGUUACUUCUGUGUAAAACGCAGCAAAAAUUCUACUGACAAGACAGUCUGCAAAAAUACACUUAACAACCCAAUAUAUGAUGCUGUCCUUCAACAAGAACAAAGCAGCAGAGCCAGAGAAGAGGAAGGGAUGUCAACUGAUGCUGUAGUGUAUGCCACCAUCAAGAAAGGAAAGGGAGCACCAAAAGAGAAAGACCGUGCAGAAGAGGUUAUAUACUCACACAUAGUUUUUAAUACAAAAGACUAAAGACAUCUGCACAUAAUAGUCCAGGUAACUUUCAUUUCUGGUAUAUUUGUAAAGGUACAUGCAUGUGUAUCAGAUGUGUACAAAAUAAAUACACCUUUCACUCACAGGCACUCUUUUGUAUUUUUAUUCUGUUAAUUAGCACUCUUCUGCAGUCCUGGUGCUCUGCCACCAGGGGGAGAUAAACAUAUGUGAAAGAAUUUCAGUAUGUGUCACCUGUCUUAAAUAAACAAAAUCAAAAUGUCCAAUAUGUUGCAAAUACAAACAAUGACAAUAAAUGCAAACAUCAU